CUGCUCCAGUUAAACUAGGUACUACUGUUUCACAGUUCUGCUCCGCUUGAAACGCAUUAGAAGACACGUAACAGGCAUAUUUACACUUAAGUGUUGCUGUUAUAUAAUGGUUGUGUAGUGUGCCACCACUGUCUCGUUAUCGUUACAAUUUAUACCAGUAAUACCCGAUAAUUGCGUCCUCGUGGAAAAUUGUCGUCACGCAUGCGUUCUUUAAUUCGUGUCAAGAAAUGAACUCGACAUCAACCUUACAACUGCAACAGUGCUGCACAUUGCACGGGAUGUAGCCAACAAUGCCGAUAUGGCGUGGAACUUCUCGACGCGUACCGGUCGAGAAGUACGCGAAGAAGUACGGUUGUAGAUGGUGAGAAACGUACAACAUGUCUUCCAAAGAAAAGCCAUGAGAGCUUCCUCGGCUUCGUCUAGCACGAGUUCCGUAUACACCAGCGCCGACGAUGCACGCAGGUGCACCGGCUACGAGAGGAACCAGUUUCUCGACUUAGAUGACGUCGGGACCGCCUGGCUCCUCGGCUCGCAUUCUUCGCAUGAUAGGUCGAAGCGGGUACUCGAGAGAUUUAAAAUCGACAAAUCACGAUUUCGCGUGCAACAUGUUAUCAUAAUUGGCGCUGUUGUAGCCGCGUUGAUAAUUGCCAUAAUCAUCGGUCUGAGUGCAUACGCGCGUAGCGGCACGUCGGACUCGCUAAAUGAUGAAUUUUUAGUGCCGCCCGAUCCAGAAAACCCCCAACCACCGUCGUGGAGUAAAUUAAGAACAUUCAAACGCGGUGCCAUUUGCGCGGACGGAGCGCCAUGCGCUGUUAUCGGCAAGUCAAUCCUGGAGCGCAACGGAUCGGCGGUGGAUGUUGCGCUGGCCGCGCUAAUAUGCAACGGACUUGUGAACAUGCAAAGUCUAGGCUUCGGUGGUGGAUUUAUGAUGACGAUCUAUCAGAGAUCCACGCGCCGGGCCUUUGUUCUCAAUGCAAGAGACCGCGCACCUUUAGCGGCAAAUGCUACGAUGUACGUUGGCAAAUCCGCAAAUGCAUCGGCGUUCGGGGCACUGGCGGUCACCGUGCCCGGCGAACUGGCCGGUUACUGGGAAGCUCAUCAGCAAUUCGGUAGACUGCCAUGGGCGGAUUUGUUCAAACCAAGCAUCGAGCUUUGCGAAAAGGGCUACGUCCUGACAUUGGUGCAAUACGACGGCCUUGCGUAUAAUAAGAAAAGCAUUUAUAAUGAUCCAACUCUAAGAGAACUGUUCGUCAAUCCCGCUACUAACGAGUUCCGUAAACCAGGCUCCAUUAUUAAACCCCAUGCACUUUGUGAAACGCUACGAAUUAUCGCUGAGAAAAAUGCGACUGAAUUUUACAACGGUACGAUCGGACGACUUCUUGUUGACGAUUUGCAGGAACAAGGGGGAAUCAUAACGAUGAGGGACCUUAACGAGUACAGGGUUUCAUGGGAUCAACCGAUACAGACGGAUCUUUCGGGCGGGAUAAAACUAUUGACUACAGGACUACCCGGUAGCGGAGCUCUCCUCUCGUUUAUUCUCAAUGUCUUCGACGAUUACGGCUUCACGCCGGCCAGCAUAGCCGAUUUUAACGCGACAGUCCUCACAUAUCACAGAAUGAUAGAGACGUUUAAGUAUGCAUUUGCGUUAAGGACAAAUCUCGGCGACGGAGCUUUCGUUGAUAUGACUGAAAUAAUCAGAAACCUCACGUCGAAGAGCUUCGCGCGCGCGAUACGAGAAAAAAUAGACGAUACGAAAACGUGGCAGGAUCCACAGCACUAUGGUUCUCCUAUCUACGCUAAUGUCGAGGAUCACGGUACAGCGCACGUAUCAGUGCUGACACCGAAUGGCGAUGCGGUAUCGGUUACCAGCACCAUCAACUAUUAUUUUGGAAGCGGAAUAGUCAGCAGAAGAACCGGUAUCUUAUUAAAUAACGGCAUGGACGACUUCGGCAUUCUACCGCGGUUCAACUAUUUCGGUAUGCCGCCAAGCCCCAACAAUUAUAUCGCAUCCAAGAAGCAGCCGUUGUCCUCGAUGGUGCCGUCCGUUCUGGUUGAUCAGCACGGUGACGUCAAGAUGAUCAUGGGUGCUGCGGGUGGUACGAGAAUUACGACAGCAGUGUCGCAAGUGACGGCAAAGAUACUGUGGAUGGGACAGACAGUCAAGGAGGCGGUGGACUCGGCAAGGAUACACCACCAGCUAUUUCCGCCUAAGCUGUUCUACGAAUACGGGGUCCCUAAGCAGGUGGUCGACGGCCUGAAACGUUUGGGACACGCCAUGGAACGUUAUAGAGUCCGUGGCAGCGUAGCCUGCGUCGUGCUGUAUGAAAAUUCGACCAUUUUCGCGAACGCCGAUUACCGCAAAGGCGGCGACGUCUACGGAAUCGAUUGAUUCACGUAUCACUUUGUCAGGGUUGGACACUACCCAACCCUGCACUUCGUGAGUCACUUCAUCGAACCAGCCGUUACCUCGCGGCGCAAACCUCCGAGGAAUAAUUGACUUUGUUCAAACAGCGCUGAACGUGUCCUCGUGAUUAUCGUAACACCGAUGUAUACAAUCGAUCUCGUUAUCGUUACUGGUGAGACGUUCGUGUUUGAGAAAUCGAUACGUCAAUAUUAUCACUCAAUAUAACUUUUACAUCUUCUCGUUCACUGAUCGCAUCUUAUCCCUGCUCAUCGCUCUUCCCUCUAAUAACAUCCACGUUAUCUCGGACCUGUUAUCACCCCCCCCCCCGCAUCUUCGUAAGAUUUACGUACACAAAACAAA